CUGCCACCGCCACCCUUCGCUCCCCACCGGACCCCCCUCGCUUCUCCCACCCGCUCCCCGACGGUGAGGAACCUUUGCCCGCUCCGUCUCCUCCCUCGGCGCCUCCGGGAGCUCGGCCCGCCCCGCUGUCUGCUCGAGGCUUGGCAGCGGCGAGGAGGAAACCCAGCGCUGGCCCCGCCAGGGCGGGCGGCAGCCGGGCCGAUAUGGGCAGCGCCGAGGAGGAUUAUAACUUUGUCUUCAAGGUCGUCCUGAUCGGGGAGUCUGGAGUGGGCAAAACCAACCUGCUCUCUCGCUUCACCCGCAACGAGUUCAACCACGACAGCCGCACCACCAUCGGCGUGGAGUUCUCCACCCGCACCAUCCUGGUGGGAGACGCCGUGGUGAAGGCUCAGAUCUGGGACACCGCCGGGCUGGAGCGGUACCGAGCCAUCACGUCGGCGUAUUACCGGGGGGCCGUGGGUGCCCUGGUCGUGUUUGACAUCACCAAGCACCAGACGUACGACGUGGUGGACCGCUGGCUGAAGGAGCUCUACGACCACGCCGAGGCCAGCAUCGUCGUCAUGCUGGUGGGGAACAAGACCGACCUCGCGCAGGCUCGGGAGGUGCCCAUGGAGGAGGCGAAAAUGUUUGCAGAAAACAAAGGGCUGCUGUUUGUGGAGACCUCGGCGCUGGACUCCACCAACGUCGAGCAGGCGUUCGAGACCAUCCUGAAGGUUGUGCUCAUCGGGGACUCCGGGGUGGGGAAGAGCAACCUCUUGUCGCGCUUCACCCGCAACGAGUUCAACCUGGAGAGCAAGAGCACCAUUGGGGUGGAAUUUGCCACGAGGAGCAUCCAGGUGGACAACAAGACGGUGAAGGCUCAGAUCUGGGACACGGCGGGGCAGGAGCGGUACCGAGCCAUCACCUCAGCGUACUACCGGGGGGCGGUGGGAGCUCUGCUGGUCUACGACAUCGCCAAGUACCUGACGUACGAGAACGCCGAGCGCUGGCUGAAGGAGCUGCAGGACCACGCCGACGCCAACAUCGUCAUCAUGCUGGUGGGCAACAAGAGCGACCUGCGGCACCUGCGGGCCGUGCCCACCGACGAGGCCAGGAGCUUCGCAGAGAAGAACGGGCUGUCCUUCCUUGAGACGUCUGCUCUGGACUCCACCAACGUGGAGACGGCUUUCCACAACAUCCUCUCGGAGAUCUACCGCAUCGUGUCCCAGAGGCAGAUCACCGGGCAGCCGGAGUCGGAGUUCGGCCCCAGCACCACCAUCGAGCCCAUCCGGGUGCUGCCCACCCAGCAGGAGGGCCGGCAGACCCCCUGCUGCCAGAACAUCUGAGCCCCCUGGGCUGCCCCCAGCGCCCAGCACGUGGUGGCAUCGCGUGUCUCACCCUCUGCCCCCUGCAGCCCCCUGAGCAGGGCGGGCUGGCAGCUGCUUUUGUGUGCAACCUCACGCUGCCCUGUGUUUAUGUAGGACCUACAAAAAUGGGGGGGGGGGGAGGUGCAGGCAAAGCAUCAGGGUGUCUCCCCUCUCUCCCCACGUUUGGGGACAUGCCAUCCCCUGUGUCCCUGCUGCCCCUGCAGGCACAGUCACCCGGUGACUGGGUGGCACUGGACAAGCCCGAACGUGCCGAGUCCCUGUUUGGCGACGCCCUGGGUGCAGCCCCGCGGGGUGGGUGGGGAGGGGGGACACCGGGUGCACCUUCCUCCCACCCAGUGAAAGCAGCAGCGACACGGCCAGUUGCACCCAGCCCUGCCCCUGUGGCACCCAGGGC